ACCUCACUUAGCAUGGCCCAUAUGUUCAGUGCUGGGAGCAGACAGGUGAUGUCCCAGGCAAUAUCUGGACCUAUCUGGCCACAAUACGACUUCACUGUGGGCGCCAUGUUGUUACUGGUGUGUCUCUCGGCCUGUGUCGCCUUGGCUGCAGGGGGAGGCGCUCUAGACUGUCCCGGGGGUCACCGGUACUCUGCACGUGGCACGGCCUACUACCCCGCCGACAACCCGCUUGAGGGAGGCUUUGUGGACAUGAGGGGCGCUAGACUCAGGACGCUACAGCAAUUUCUUGCUGGUAGUGCGAGCUAUGUGAGUGUUGCCAUGGACAACCACGCCGGCAUUGCCUACGGCACCAGCAUCUGUAUCCCCGAGAUGAACCAGCGAUACAACAAACACAUUGUCUUUAAGGUAGUAGACACGGGGUCAGCGUUCUUUGGUAAAGGUCACAGCCGUAUUGACAUCUGCGUCAGCUCCCAGGCCAACUCGUACGACUCCACAAUCAACGGCCAUCUCACCCUUGUCUUUCCUUGACCUCCACGUGGUUGUUACGGGACGAUGGAGAAAUAAAAGACCCGGUCUUUCUUCUUCUACCAUAAUAAAUAGAAACAAUGCA